AACUUCCGGUUCUUAGCUCAUGACUCACAUAUUCAUUCAAAAUGGCAGAAACAUCGAACCUCGAUAGAUGGAUAGAGAUUGCGAAGCAGUGCAAAUAUCUUCCAGAAAAUGACUUGAAGAAAUUAUGUGACUUGGUGUGUGACCUGCAGUUAGAAGAAUGCAACGUUCAGCCGGUUUCAACUCCAGUGACAGUAUGUGGGGAUAUACAUGGCCAGUUUUAUGACUUGGAAGAGCUGUUUAGGACAGGAGGUCAGAUCCCAGAUACAAGCUACAUUUUCAUGGGUGACUUCGUAGACAGAGGGUACUACAGCUUGGAGACAUUCACCAGGUUACUCACACUCAAAGCUAAGUUUCCGGACCGUAUUGUCCUGUUACGUGGGAACCACGAGAGCAGACAAAUUACACAGGUCUAUGGAUUCUAUGAUGAAUGUCAGACAAAAUACGGCAAUGCUAAUGCAUGGAGAUACUGUACCAAAGUCUUUGAUCUUCUGACUAUUGCUGCAAUCAUAGAUGAACAGGUUCUAUGUGUACACGGAGGCCUGUCACCAGACGUCAAAACUAUCGACCAGAUCAGAAUGAUAGAACGUGCACAGGAAAUACCACACAAAGGAGCAUUUUGUGAUCUUGUCUGGUCGGACCCUGACAACGUGGAAACAUGGGCCAUCAGUCCGAGGGGAGCAGGCUGGCUGUUUGGGUCAAAGGUCACCAAUGAGUUUGUUCACAUCAACAACCUGAAGCUAAUAUGCAGAGCUCACCAGCUAGUGCAAGAAGGAUACAAGUACAUGUUUGACGAUAAGCUAGUAACGGUGUGGAGCGCCCCCAACUACUGCUACCGCUGUGGAAACAUCGCAUCGAUACUCGCAUUCAACGACGCCACCACCCGAGAGGCAAAACUAUUCCGCAACGUUCCAGACAGCGAACGUGUGAUUCCAGCCAGGACGACAACUCCAUAUUUCCUCUGAUUCUCCACAUUUUGUUAAUCUCGUAAAGACUGUUCGACAUGGAGCAAGUGGCAUAUUUGAUUAGGAUUAUUAAAACACCUAUCUGCACCUGUUGCUGUGGAUCGGCCGUAUGUAUUCUAGAUUCUAGUAAAUGGGAAAACUGGCCUUCCUAGACAGGUCUAUAACACACAUUUGUUCUUAGAGGUAGACAGGUGGUCUUUAUGGAGAGGUGGCCGCUAAGACAGGUUUGACUGUAUUUUUAUUUUCAAUCCCAUCCAAGCUAAUCUAAUAAAAAAUUGCUCUAUAAAGUCACUGUUUUAUGGUCAAUAUGGAGAAGAUUUAUGUACUGGUCCUCCAGAAGCAAGAUAUUGAUCUUAUUGAAAAACAUGCGUAUAUUGUCAUGUGAGAAAUCUAGAUACAAGAAGCACAAUGGUUAUUGCUAUUUUGAAAAUAAACUAGCCUUGUUGAUUACUGGAGUCAAACUUUUUUUUAAACAAAAUGUAAAUCUUAUUCAUAUAUCCUUGCAUUAAAUUGAAUCUUUCUCACGUUGCACUCACAAAAAUUUGGUUUUAAGCUUUAUACCUAAAUCAGAAAGAACGUCAUCCUAUUAUCCAUGUACCAGUAUUUAUUGUUCAGUUGUAUCCAUGAUCCACACCUUUAAUUCACACGUUACCGUAUUUCUACUUUGUGCAUACUUAACCGUUUCUGUAUUUUCAACAUUAUUUUACCAUUUUUACAGCCAGAUUUGAGUGAAUAACAAUAAACAGAAAUUGAUGAAUACACUCUUAAUCUAUGACAAUAUUAUUUAUUGCUCUCCCAUAACAUGGUCUGGCUCUCAUUUCCCCUUCUAGAGUCAUAAUUGUGAAAUAAUGGCUGGAAUAUGACAAAAAUGUAGUCAACCCGAGGACCCAACAUUUUCUCUUAUUCAAGAUUUUUUGACAGAUGGUGAAGAGAUAUCAAGUUGUAUAAUUGUAUUUUACAAGUAUUUUGUAUAUUAUUGUAAAUAAUAUUGUGUAGUGCAUGUUCAUACAUUAGACAUUAGGUAUGGGAUGAGAUAGGAUCCAGUAUGUGGAUGUGUGCACACUGUACAGUAUGAGGAUAAGAGAUAUGGGGGUGUUUUC